CCGGGAGGAUCCUUCACCUCGUAGCGGUCGCGGACGAGACCAACGUGUUCUCCAUCAUGAUCCAGCCACUGAUCCCUUCGCCCAGCGGGGACGUGAAAAGUGGCCUCUGCGAGAUCGGGCUGGAGAACUUCCUCCGUUACCUCCUGAGCCUCCACCAGCCCAUUCUCGUGGGUUACGACCUGUGGUCCAUGGACAUCCCAGUCCUGGUGAACGCUUUGAAGGCCACCAAGAAGGAAGAGGUCUUCGAAGCGGCCGUCUUCGGCUUCUUGGACGCCCAGCCCCUCAUUAAAGAGAGAAUCCCAGACCUUCCCAGCUAUACCUUGAAGAGCCUAGACCGCGUGUACCUUUGGGGCCAACUGGACGACUGCCAAGUGAUCGACUGUGCCAAGACCGUGAAAGACCUCUGCACCGUUUUGGAUGUCAACCCAGGAAUGGACAGGAGGCCGGUGGUCACCUACGCCAGCUUGCAGAGUUACGGUUCCCUCCAGCCUCUCCUGACGAGGAGGCUCCUCAGCCGUUGCACCGUCCAGAGCUUAGCGCUGCGCGGCGUCUGCCUCUCCACGCUGCUCUCUGUGUACAGAAAGGACCCAGUGCGGGGGUUGGAGAAAUUUUCCAGGUACUUGAAUUCCAGGCAGAUCCGUGGCGGGGGGAAAGUCCGACGGCUGAGAAAGGCCCGAAUCUAUUUUGACGCUCCCCCCUCCACGUCUCAGGCCUCGGCGUCCUCGGCAGCAAAGUCUGAGAUGUGUUUUUGCCAUUAACCCAGCAACCCGCCCGCCGUAUGUACAUUCACUUGACCUUUUUUUGAGUCGGAUGAUCCUCUGAUGUUUCCGUUUUGCCUUUUGCGCUUCUGGUCCCGCUCAUCGCGCGUGCAGGUGUCUGCGCAUUCCCCGGCGGUACCCGAGGCUACGCAGUAUCUGGGUCCACCUUGGGUCCCAUCAAACAGCCGUGCGCUGGGGAUUUUUAGGAGAGAUGGAGUCGUGUGGGGCCCGGUUCCGGCCGUGACCUGAAAUGGCCCCGGAAAAGAACCGCUGUUUUCCAUGCCAGGGAACUUUAUGUGUACCCCACACGAGUCUGGCAAACAGCUACUUCGCGAGACCAUUUCAGGUCAGGACAAUG